AUUUGCGGCUUUAUGCCCAGAUCUGAAAAAAGAAAAACUUUAAAUUUACAUUGGUUCUAGGAACAGAUUCAAUAAUGAAUAAGACAUACAAGGGUUCUGACUCUUGUUACCUAGAUUGCUUGAAUAGGUUAUUCGAAAGUAUGAAAAGUACAGACAGUAUUUUUCCAAAAAAAAUACUCAUAAUUUUACUAAAAACCCACGAAAAAGAUAAUAGUUUUCUUAUCUAUUGUCACGUGACCCAAAACGCUUGGGAUUGGCGGAGCCUAAAAUGACGUCACACGCAAGGAAGCUUCCGGUUAAAGUGACAUUGCAUUGUAUCGUUUGACGUUUCAAUAACGGUCGUGUGACGUCACACACUAGUAAGACGCCAUAUUGAAAAGAGAAACGUUUUCGCGGCAACUUGAAAAUGGAGUUUUUGAUUUGGUUAUUUUUGCUGAAAUACACAACAGAAUGAUGAAUAUCCACUUUUUACGGACUCUAUAAACAUUAGUCAAUAACGUGAGAUCGUUUUCUAAAACUUGUCAAAUACCCAAUUAUGGUUUCAGCGCACCUCUCCCGAUCCUAGUUCUGUAUCAGUAGAGUAAAAUUUGUUUAGAAAUGCGGCGCGUGCGCUAUUGCGUAGAUUGUAUUUGAUUUAUCGAUUGUAUGAUUGUCACAUAGAUAGAGCGACGUUAGUUGUUGUGUAAGCUUAGUAUGAAAUAUUGCGGAUCGGCGGUGCCCGGUGUGCCCGUGCCGUCCGUCGGUACUUCCGCCACGUAGAGCUAAUUGAAACGCUUAUUGUAUUGUCGCGUAGAGAGCACUUUGUGAUAAGCAGUAGCUAGGCUGCCGUUAUCGAAAUCGUUUUUAUCACCUCUUCCUUUUGAUGGUUCUAUACUGUAGAUAUCUCUGUGUAAUCGUUUGUCGCAAUCCUGAUUUGAUAAUUUCUUUAAAGCGGUCCGAUUGCCAGUAUUGUAGAAAACAUGCGGGUUCCACUUUAAACUAACUACUUUUUAACAUAUCAUUUGUUAAGAUGACUGUCCUGCUAUUUCUUGACAACCCAAAUUCACAUUAAGUCAGUAUUUUGCCAUACUGACUCGACUCAGGGGCCAUACCAUCAACAUUUAAAAAGGUCUUAAUUAAAGAACGCAGAAUCGAAGCUUACAUUGCGGCCGACGAUGUUACACUUGAAGCAGCGUAGUCGUGUAGUGGAUGACGUUCAUGGUACGGCCCUAGCUCGGUAACAACCGAUCAGUUGCCGUCAUUAUUAGUCCCAGUUGUUCGUAAGAUGAGCCUGUAGCGACUCAUCGACCCGAAUUAGUAGAGGUCGUUGGCGUCGAUCAAUAUUCGUUAUUUUGCUGAUCCAUUUCAUUUUAGAGUAUAGAGUUCCGUAAUUCUAUCUGCAGACUUGUAUGGAUUCAAUUCACGUUUACUGCACGUUUAUUUUGAAUUGUGUAAUAUUAGGAAUUAGUUUUUAUAAUAUUAGUGCGGUAAGUUGGUUAUUGCAAACGAGUAGACAAAUGUUUGUAAAUACCAAUUCCGCACGAAUGUCAUACUACGUUAUUCAACAUAUUUGCGAGAGAACUGUAUACCUUGUAAAUGUGUAAUGAAGCAAAAAUUUUCUAUGAAAAUAAAUGGCAAGCAUUUCCAAUUGGCGCCUCUUGCGGGUGAUGAAAAUUAAAACUACAUCUUUCGUCUGUUUUUCUUUGUAUAGUGAUAUAAAAGUAUAGAAAAAAAAAAUACCCUAAAGGAUAUGCAGGCGCCAUGUAUGGGAGCGUGCGGUACAACGUUUUCCCGCACGCUCGGAUGUAUGUCUUGUAAUUUCGAAUUUUCGAACAAUGUAUACAACCUCCGUAAAUUCAUUUUUUGAGCAAGUGUGUUGAGCAGUAUAUUACAGCUUCUACUUAUAUUUGUUUGUUUGUAAUAAAUAAAUAACUACACCCAUGUGAAUUGUAAAAGUGCAUGAAUGUGCACGAUCCAACCAAAUUUAAGGAUGGUUGCAAUGUGUUAAUAAAAAGGUGAGGGUUUAGCUCGUGUAGAUUGAAUCGCUGUUGUUGUGUUAUUGUCGUGUGUUGAUUGUGGCGACUCGUGUUGCAGACUUCGGAGAGGAUGGGGACCCCGGCGAGGUCUAUUUCGACUACAACCGCAACAUUACGCUCAACUGCACCAUUCCUAGCCCUGACAAAACACAAUCCUAUGUGUGGAAGAAGAACGACGUGGGCGUGGAGCAGAUAGCGGAGCUGAAGGGGCGCUACAAGAUGCUGGAGGAGGGCGCGGUGUUCUCGCUGGGCCGCUCCGUGGAGGACGACUACGGCAACUACUCGUGCGCGCUCGGCGCCGAGGAGCGCGCCUGGGAGGUGCGCGGCCGGCCCGUCGCCAGGCUGCCCGACAACACCAACGUGGUCGAGGGGCAGAAGAUCAAGCUGCAGUGCAAGGUGACGGGCAAGCCAUACCCGGCGGUGUCGUGGUACUACAACUCGUCGGCGACCGCCAACUCGUCCCAGCCGCUGAAGGAGGGCUCGCGCGACGGGCGCGUCAAGCUGGAGAGCAACGAGCAGGGCAUCGAGGGCGGCGCGCUGGUGCUGGAGUCCGCGGCCCGCGGGGACGCCGGGUUCUACUCGUGCCGCGCCGGCGCCUCCAGCGACCACACGCAGCUGCGCGUCAAGGACAUGUACGCGGCGCUGUGGCCCUUCCUCGGCAUCUGCGCGGAGGUGUUCGUGCUGUGCGCCAUCAUCCUCGUCUACGAGAAGCGACGCACCAAGCCCGAGCUCGACGACUCCGACACCGACAACCACGACCAGAAGAAGUCGUAAGCCGGCGCACGCGUAGCUCCGCCCGCGCCCGCGCCCGCCCGCGCUACACUGCCAGCGAGGAUUGUUCCCCUUUAUUUUUAACCAAAUACCCCCUUUCGCUUAAUAUUUCCCGUUUAAUCGUUAACUUCCUCCGAGCGUAUUUAUGUAUAUAGUCUCGAACUAUCGAUCCUUACUAAUAUUAUAUUAUACAAUGGUACUACUAAUAUUCCCAUUCGCUGAUCGUUCCCGGAAGAUCGGUGGGAAGACUCUGAAAGCUUGGGAUUGAACUUAAGCGUGGUAUUCUAACCUUACGUGUGAGGUGCUGACACUAAAAAGCAGAUCUUCGGUAAAAAUAAGUCUCGUACUUCCUGUACCUCGAGGUUGAAUACUCCUUUUUCUACGCACUUACCCUGUACCUGUUUACCGUACCUAGCGAUUAGUACGGACGAAAUCUGCUUCUUGUGUCAGCAUUCAUUAUGUGGUAUGGAUUGAAAUGUGGGUUCGCAUUAUAUAAGUACAGAUGAAAAUUUGAAUUAUACCAAAUAAAAUAAUACCUUCUCGUUGCACACUGUUAGUGAGUAGCCAAUUUAAAAGUUUAAGGUGACUUAUGUUUAAUAUUUUUUAUUUUUCCAAAAUGUUAUCUAUCGUAUAAAAUUUAAAGAGUACCUAGCUAUAACAAUAAUAAAAAUCGUGUAUCUUAUUAUAGAAUAGUUGUAUUAUAGCUAAUGAUAAUAUUUCUUUUCAUCAAAAUCUUGUGAAAAGUGUAAAUGAUAGUGCAUCCCGCACAUGUUAUACUUGUUUGUUGAUAUUAUGCUUUGCGACGAAAUCUGCGACAUGUCAGCAGGGGCUAAGACCGUUACCACGGUAAUAAUAUCAUACAGUAUUCUAUCUUCAUACAAACGGUCGGAAAGCGAGUCAUACCUACGCCACUCGAGUUCGAUGGGCUCUCGGCGGGCACCCAGUCGCGAAUGCGCCGCCGCGCCGCAACGACGACCGAACGGUCUGAAUUGUUUUUUAUGCAGUUAGCCGUGCUUAAACGUGCGUUUUGUAUUGUAAAUAUUUGAUUUAAUUAAGUAGAUACCUACAUAAUUUUGUAUAGAAAAGAACAAACGACGAUCAAUAUCGUACAACAGCACAAUUGCUGUUUUUGGUUGCUUGAACUCUUUAAUAACACACCCAGAGAUAUCAUUUUUUAAAUUACCUGAAAUAUUGGAAAGGUGUCUUGCCUUUAUAGAAUAUUUUUAUAUACCUAUCUACUAGUACGUUAUUUGUUUCUAAUAUUUAGGUAUUUCGGUUUUUCCAUCAGGCAAAAUAUCUGGAAUAAUAUAUAAAUAAGUGGUUAGGAUGAAAAAAGAGACAAACGAGUAAUCUACCUACACUCGCGUUAAAAACAAAACUACAUAAAAUACUGUAGGCUGGCGGCCCUACCGCGUGCCAACGCAGCGCUCGGUGUAGGCAUUUAUUUUCAAGGACAGGGCGGAGUCACAAUACUGUAUAGAUAAUAUUACCGUGCCGUUACCUUUCAGAAAUGCUUAUAAUGCU